UGUAAUGUUUACUUCCUGUUUGGGUCUACUUGUUCCUGUGGGCUACAUCUGGCAGCUAGCAAGAGCAACUCUCCUCCCUGCUAUUUAGAAACAAGUUAGUUUACCUGUCUGUUUAAGUUAAACUGUUCAGACGACUAGUUCAUUUUGAUGAAGCGAAUUAAAUGUCUUUGCUCGCUGUUCCGUUCAAUAUAAACGGUAACGCUAUAUUAAAAGUAGCCACCAGGCUACCGUUAGCUUAGUUGCAAAAAGCCAAAUACCAUUAACGACACCAAUUGUGGAAUAUCUACUUUUUCUGGGUUCAUAUUUGGCAAAUUUUCUGUCAUGCUUACUUCCGUUCUACCUGUAGAUAUAACUGUAAUGGUUUUAUGAACACAUUUAGUGUUUGGCCGUGCUUAUUCCCACUUCUAAGCUAGCUAGCUUGCUAGGUUUACUUUUCGUACAGUAUCGACAGGCAACAAUGAACAUCCUCCCGAAGAAGAGCUGGCAUGUUCGAAACAAGGAUAAUGUCGCUCGCGUGCGGAAGGACGAGGCCCAGGCAGCGGAGGAGGAACGCGAGGCCAAGCGUCGCGUGGAGCGUGCUGAGCAAGAGGCUCGUACAGAAUAUCUGAGAAGCAAAUCCCGAGCGGCUCUCUCGUCAGUGGAAGAGCAGAAGGCCGAUGAACACGAUGAUGUACGAAGUGGAGGAAGUGGAAUCCUGGAGCAUCUUAAUCUUUUCCCCUUGGAGGAUUCGUCAGAGAAGAAGGGGAAUGAGGAGUAUCUCAAAGAUAAGAAAGAUGAACAGGAGAAGCAGGAACGCGCCAUUGGCUUGCUGGUGUCUCUGGGACCCCAACCAGGGACUGAGGUCACUCCAUGGUACAUGAAAACCGGAAAAGAAAAAGAAGAAGUAAAAGAAAAAGAAGAGAAGAGAGAAAAAGAAAAGAAAAAGGGACUGAGUGAAGAGGAAAAAGAAAAGAGAGAUCUCAGAUUGAAAGACAGUUUAGAUCCACUGAAAGACAUGAAGAAAGCACUGGCUGUAAAGGACAGAAAAUACAACUACGGCAAGAAAAAGGAAAGGAGAGACAAAGGGGAAAGGAGGAGCAGUGGAGAGAGCUCCAUAGAAAGGUUACGUGCUGAGCGUUUACAGCGGGAGGCUGAAGAAAGGAGGAGAACCCAGGCGCUGCUCGACCAGAGGAACGGCAAAAGGAAGGAGCCCGGGAGGGAGACGAUGGAGAGAGAGAUGCCGUACAACAGUGCAUACUUCCCUGAACUUGCCCGAAAGCGUCAAAGGCGAGAUCGAGAUAGCUGGAGAGAUGAAAUAUUAAAAUCAUGAACUAUGUCUAAGGAGUGUGAACUGUGAUGAAUGGUUAGUGGAGUAUUGUGACCAGUUUGUUUUUCCAAAUGAUGAAAACAGAAACAGAAGUUCACCUAAAAUAAUUCUUCAUCCCCAGAAUGAUAAUUAGUAUAUCUAUAACUCACUCUUUGGGACCUUGAAUUCUUAAAGAAAACCAUUUUUUUAACAUGCCUCCACAGUGAAUAAGAACUUGUGAAAACAGAGAAUGGUCUGGAUGAUUUGAAGUAAAUGGCGGUCGAGGUAAACGAUAGCCAAACAUACUUGUCAAAAACUCAAACAACACUCAUACUCUACUUCACAAACGCGUACAAUUUCACUUACACCUAACUAGUUAAGAUUUUUACACCUAAACGGUAUCAUCCUUGCACAUUGUUUUUAGUGAAAAUGCAAUAUUGUUAGACACAGCCCUCAUUUAUAUCGAGUCAUUAAGAAUUGUCACUGUAUUUGGAUUCUUUGUUCCUUGUGGAGGCGUGCAAAAAAAGGUUCACCCAUUCAUGGUAACAGAGUAAGUCAUUGAUAUACUAAGUGUACCUUUUUAAAACACAAACCUUGUAAUGUUAUUGUCAGAAAGCUAACAAAGUGGCCAUUUCGAAGACUUUUUAUUUAUUAUUGUUCACCCAGAAAAUCAGAGGUCAGGUUCAGUUACAUUUACCUUUCUCCCCUGCAGCGUUUCACUCAUGAUCACGACAGCAGGGCAGAUGGUUGUCAUCACAGGGGGCUUAUGGCACAGCUCUUGGCAAAGAAAACACAGUGGACAACCGUUAAAAAGAUUCAAACUCUUGCUAACAUUAAAGAUGUUGUAAGAUAUUCCAAAAUCAGCACUGAAUUAACUGGUCUAGUGGUGAAUGAAAGAAACUGUAACCAGAAGAGCUGAAACAAUUAGUCCAGUAAUCAUUUGGUGAAGAAAAUCUCUCUUAAGCUAAAUGAACGUACACUGUAUUACUUCAUGCACAAUGUAUAGGGUUUUGGACUGUUGGUCAAAUAAAGCAAAACAUUUCAAGAUGUCA